GUUUCGCCAAUGGGAGUAUGCUAUCUUGAUUCAACAUUAUACGGUAUAAGGACUAAUGAUCGCAGCGGGGGAGCUUUCCGACGUGGUGAUUGCUACGGGUGCACCUUGAUACCAGAACCUCACGACAUCGCCGUGAGAAGACACGAUGUCCGAUGCACAUGUCGAACGAACACCCAAAACCCUGUGACGGGGGCAUAUGUAACCCAAACCACAUUCCCUAUAGGUAUACUACCUACCGACAGUAUACAGGACUGCUUGCUGACAGGAGUACUACAGGAUAUCUCGUUAAUGAAGAUGGUGAUAUAAC